CAGAAACAGCUGAAACGUCACAGCGAACGGGUGUUUCAUAGUUUGUACGUGGUGCUCUGGGACAACAUUAUUAUUGCCUUGUCGUCGGUCGAGCGCAUCCCAUUCAAUCGCGGUCGCGGACUCUAAAUAAUCAGUGAAUGCUAUAUUUAUUCCCAUUUUGGUGAUAGCUAUUUCGAUCGGAUUGCAAUGAUAUAAGGAUGUGUGAAACAUAGUGACGACAGAGGGGUGACUCUAGUACAAGCAGUGCCUUACGGUGGUUGUGAUUCCUAUCAGCGUGUUGUGAGCAGAUAUUCGUUUCACCUGUUCGAUUGUGAUAUGCACUACCGAUGCUUUCUGCAUGACUCAUCGGUAUUCUAUGUUGUGCGGCAGUUGAGUUUUUUUAUCGUAUGGAAUUUACAAUCAUCUUCGUCACUGUGAAAACGAAGCAUUUAAGAUUGUAUGACUAAUAGUCGCCUCAGAGCCACGUUUCUGAGUCACACGCGUUGCUGAAAUCAAAACGGUGUAGCAAAAUUUUAUCUGCAAUUGUGUGUGGAGAGGUGUAUCGUGUGUCAUUAUCUCGAGUGUGCAUUGUGAACGGAAUACGGAAAUUAUAGUGUGUGGCUCUUCGGAGUUUGAUAAGCUUGAGGUAUUCGUACAUCUAUAAAUGAGUGUUCCCGGGGUAGCGCCAUCCGAAGUGACACCAUUGAAAAGAAACGUGCAGACGCAACUCAUCGGUGGAAAUCAUCAGCCGCAAUCAGUGAUAGUGCAUGCUGGUAGCAAUAGCACCGGCAGCAGCAGUAGCAACAGUGGGGCCUCGAACCCUAGCAGUGAAGUGCCAAUCAUUGGAAGCGGUCAAAGCGAAGACAUGGAUGACACCAAACGAAUAUUGAUUCGAGUUGGAAUUGACUUCGUCAUUUUGUGCUUUGUUGGGUUCCCAAUUUUGAUCUUUUUUCUCAUCGGUCAACCUUACGAGCGAGGAUUUUUCUGCGAUGAUGAGUCACUCAUGCACCCGUUUCACGAUUCAACCGUCACGAACUGGAUGCUGUACAUCAUAGGCAUAGCUGUGCCCAUAAUAGUGAUACUCGGAACGGAGCUGGUACGAGCGCACGUGAAAAAAUCGAAUGCACAGCCGCUGAAGGUAUACAGCGUCACCAUCCCUUACUGGGUUGUGGAGGCAUACAAAUCAAUCGGAAUGUUCGGCUUUGGAGCCGCCUGUAGCCAGCUGUUGACCGACGUGGGGAAAUAUACCAUCGGCCGGUUACGGCCACAUUUCUUUGAUGUUUGCAGACCAAGGAUGCCUGACGGUACAACCUGUAAAGACCCGGAAAACAAUGGUCGGUACAUUACGGAUUUCAUUUGCACCAGUGAAAAAUCAACUCCUCGUAUGUUGAAAGAGAUGCGCCUAUCAUUCCCCAGCGGUCAUUCCAGCUUCUCAAUGUACACUCUUGUUUACUGUGCGAUCUAUCUGCAAUCCAGAAUGAACUGGCGAGGAUCAAAACUAUUAAAACACUUCCUUCAGUUUCUACUGAUCCUCCUAGCGUGGUAUACCUGUCUUAGCCGGAUUUCCGAUUACAAACAUCACUGGUCAGAUGUGCUAGCCGGAGCAGUCCUUGGUUCCACCGUGGCGAUCGUUGUCUCCAACUACUGUUCGGAUUUGUUCGAUGCCCGAAGAAAACGCACAAAUGUUCUGCCACAGACACGCUACGAACUCAGCCCGAACCACACUACUUCCAAUGGAAACCAGCAAUAGUUGAUAGUGAUAGAGCUUAUGUGAUUUUUAAAAUCUAUUACCUUUCUUGUCGAAAGGAGAGUCGACCUACAGCAUAUUUACUAUAUUUAUUAUAUAGUAAAGGAUUAAUUUAUUUUACGUAACAAACCAUGCAUGAAGAGACAGCUAUUUAUUGAUUGAAACUGCUGCAUCCUGUAAGAUAAGAUAUUGUGUUAAGAAAAUAUCGAAAAUCUUCCGUUUUAUUAUUAUUUUGUUUUGUGUCAUUGGCAUCUGCUUAGCGUGCUACAAAAUUGUAUUAAUAAACACAUUGAUUGAAAAAAA